AGUCUUGGUAAUAAAUUGUUAAAUUCUCUUCAAUUUUUUUGCAUUUCUUUCUUACCUUGGUAGUCUUGACUCUUGAUCCAUCAGUUUCCUGGAUUUGUUGAUCUGCUUUGUCUGCAACGAGGGCUAAGUGCUGAUCUUUGCUUUAAAGCUCUUCUUGGGGUGUCCUGGUUAGCGGUUUAAGGCUAAAAAUCUCAUCUUGUGCAUCACAGAGAGGUAAAAUCGAGGGUUUUCUCAGAUGGGGUUUCUUGGGACGGCGAAGAAGGUAAGGUGUUGAGGAUGAAGAUUUAGAGAUAGACCCCUGUAUGUAUCGGUGAGCUUGGUGUGGGUGGGGUUUCAUCAGGGGUUGGCUUAAUUUGUAUAGAUUCGUGAUGGGUGGGUGUUUCCCUUGCUUUGGAUCAUCAACCAAGGGAGUAAAUAGGGUGAAAGAGGUGGCUAAAGAGUCUUUCAAGGAUGGCUCUGCUGCACAGCCUAACAAUGUGAACAAACUUAGUGCAGAUAAGAGUAAAUCUCGGAAUAAUAAUGAUUCCAAGAAAGAGCCAACUGUUGCAAAAGAUGGUACAACAGCUAACAUUGCUGCACAAACAUUUACAUUUCGUGAGCUUGCUGCUGCAACAAAGAACUUUAGGAGUGAGUGUUUGCUUGGUGAAGGUGGUUUUGGACGUGUUUAUAAAGGCCAGCUAGAGAGCACUGGGCAGGUAGUUGCUGUUAAACAGCUUGAUCGAAAUGGUCUUCAAGGGAACAGAGAAUUUUUGGUAGAGGUUCUAAUGCUUAGCCUCUUGCAUCACCCCAACCUUGUCAACUUGAUAGGUUAUUGUGCAGAUGGCGACCAACGCCUCCUUGUUUAUGAGUUCAUGCCUUUGGGUUCUCUUGAGGAUCAUUUGCAUGAUCUAACACCAGACAAAGAGCCAUUGGACUGGAACACGAGGAUGAAGAUUGCAGCUGGUGCAGCAAAAGGGUUAGAGUAUUUGCAUGACAAAGCAAAUCCGCCUGUGAUAUACAGAGAUUUGAAAUCUUCAAACAUACUUCUUGGUGAGGGAUAUCACCCAAAGUUGUCGGAUUUUGGGCUUGCAAAACUGGGCCCCGUUGGAGAUAAGACUCACGUGUCUACACGAGUGAUGGGAACAUAUGGUUACUGUGCUCCCGAGUAUGCUAUGACUGGUCAGCUCACUUUGAAGUCUGAUGUUUACAGUUUUGGGGUUGUCUUCCUUGAACUCAUCACCGGACGCAAGGCAAUUGAUAACUCAAGGACUCCCGGAGAACACAAUCUUGUUGCAUGGGCCCGGCCACUGUUCAAAGACAGGAGAAAGUUCCCUAAAAUGGCAGACCCACUAUUGCAAGGGCGUUAUCCUAUGAGAGGACUUUACCAAGCACUUGCCGUGGCAGCCAUGUGCUUACAGGAACAAGCUGCGACAAGGCCCCUAAUAGGAGAUGUUGUGACUGCUUUGACAUAUCUUGCCUCUCAAACAUACGACCCGAACGCAUCAGCCCGCGUCGGUUCAGCUACUCCCAGGCGAAACACGUGUGGGGCCCACAGCCCAGACGACCACAGCUCCUCCCCUUCCAUCCGGAGAAGAGAUUCUUUCAAGACUGGUGGUGCAGCCGAACUGAAAAGGGUCGAAACUGGAGGCAGUGGUGGUGGUGGUUCUGCAAGGAAACUGGGUAUGGACGAAUCAGAACGGUCCGAUUCUCAAAGAGACAGCCCAGUGGGCAGAGCCAGAGAUGCCCAGAGGAACCGUGACAUUGACAGGGAACGCGCGGUUGCAUUGGCAAAGGUAUGGGGGGAGAAUUGGAGGGAGAGAAAGAAUAAGGCUGGCGCAGGGGGCAGUUUUGACAGCACGAACGAUUGAGAAAAACAGAAAGUUUGGGUUUUUUUUCAAGGUCAUUGGUCGCAACGCAUACAUCUUUUCAGUGGUAUGUUUGGGUCGAUUCUUUUCCGCGUUGAAAAGGGACGGGGAUGUGUCGUUUAUGGUGAACGAACUUACUCUGUAAAGUAGGGAUGGGGAU